GUGACGACGUCGUUCUGUUUCGUAUUUCCGCGGGACGUGUUCAUCUGUUGACCGGUCGGGGUACUGUUUUCGGCGAAUUGCUGGUUUUUUAUUGUUUUCACCGUCGAACUGUCUAUAGUUUGAACAACUUUUCGAUGUUCUAUACGUUUAUAAUGUCGAAUAAUCUGUGAACUGCUGGUGCGCGUCGGUAACGAGAAGGAGAGAUCGGGUGCUAACCGCCAUUGUUGUGUUACAAGUUGACCGGCGGCGGCGGUGGUUUUCGGUCGGUUUGUCGGCGGCAAGAGUUGAGCGAUACUUCGUGUGGCGGAGGCGGCGGCGGCGGCGUUACACGGAGCGCCCGGACCGUCGUUGGCGGCGCUACGUGUAAUUUUUUCUUCCCGGACCGGGUCCGUUUCCUCCACGUUUGGCCCGCAGCUGGUCGAUCGGCCAUUUUGAGAAUUUUGGUCGGGGCAAAAAAAAAAAAUAGGGGAAAAAUUAUUUUCCUAUCAAUUUUUUUUCUAUUGACCAUUUUUUGUUUAUGUAUUUUCGUGAUCUUAAUCCCCAUUACCGAUUGUCGUAGCCGUUAAUUAAUCAACUAUGAUAGUGGCCAAGCGUUUGCGAAUAUCGCCGUCAUACCGCCGAACCAGCCUCGUCCUACUCUGAGCGGACGUUUAGUAUCGGGAGUGGAGCACGCGAUCAGCUAAACGACAUUAGUUGAUGACAACUCGUUCGUUGGAAGCCGUGGAAGGUAAAAAAGCCAAAGUAAUGGGCAACGCUGCGACGGCGAACAAGAAAGGCGAUUCUGCCGAGAGCGUUAAAGAAUUCCUCGAUCAGGCCAAAGAGGACUUCGAGGAGAAGUGGAAAAAGAAUCCUACCAACACAGCAGCCCUCGAGGACUUUGACCGUAUUAAAACAUUAGGUACAGGUUCGUUUGGCCGUGUGAUGAUAGUACAACACAAGGCUUCUAAGGAGUAUUAUGCGAUGAAAAUACUUGAUAAACAGAAAGUAGUGAAAUUGAAACAAGUAGAACAUACAUUAAAUGAAAAGAGAAUAUUACAAGCAAUCAGUUUCCCGUUCCUCGUCAGUUUGAAAUAUCACUUCAAGGACAAUUCCAAUUUAUACAUGGUGCUUGAAUAUGUGCCGGGUGGUGAAAUGUUUUCUCACCUACGAAAGGUUGGCCGAUUCAGUGAGCCACAUUCGCGUUUUUACGCGGCUCAAAUAGUGCUAGCGUUCGAGUACUUACACUAUCUUGACCUUAUCUACAGAGAUCUCAAGCCAGAAAACUUGCUGAUCGAUUCGCAGGGCUAUUUGAAAGUGACUGAUUUUGGUUUUGCAAAACGUGUCAAAGGACGAACAUGGACCUUAUGUGGUACACCUGAGUAUUUAGCACCUGAAAUCAUAUUAAGCAAAGGAUACAAUAAAGCUGUUGAUUGGUGGGCUCUUGGAGUUCUAGUAUACGAGAUGGCUGCUGGAUAUCCACCAUUUUUUGCUGACCAACCUAUACAGAUAUACGAGAAAAUUGUUUCGGGUAAAGUACGUUUUCCAUCACACUUUGGUUCUGACCUUAAAGACCUAUUAAGGAACUUGCUACAAGUGGACCUAACCAAACGAUUUGGUAACCUGAAGAAUGGUGUCAACGAUAUUAAAGGACAUAAGUGGUUUGCAUCAACAGACUGGAUCGCCGUGUUCCAAAAGAAAAUCGAAGCUCCAUUUAUUCCCAGGUGCAAAGGGCCCGGGGAUACCAGCAAUUUCGAUGAAUAUGAAGAAGAAGCAUUGAGAAUCUCUUCAACAGAAAAAUGCGCCAAAGAGUUUGCCGAGUUUUAAGGUAUGCAUAUUAUCUAUUUUAUUUAGAUACAUUUAUAUAUUUUGUUUUCGCAACCUCAGUACACAAUUAAUAUUAAAAUAGGAGGACCAAACUGUAUUUGAGAAAUUCUGCUUGUAUCAAUAUUAUUAUGAUUUAGUAGAUUUUACUAGGACGGCUUUGUUUAGCCAGUGGCGUUCGCAGGAAAUCGCUUUAAUCAAGGGUCAGAAAUUAUUGUUAUUACAUCACUGUGUGAAUAUCUACAUCAUAUUGAACUUAAUGACUGGUAGAAAAGAGGAUACUAUAAAUUAUAAUUACAUUACAUCCUUAUAAAUAUAUUUAGGUAUAUUUAUACAAUAUAAAAAUCUUGCUC